CAGCUGCUCAGAGCAGCGGCUCAGGUUCCUCCUCUAAUUAUCCAAUCAGCAGGCGGCUCCAGGUGUUCAGCAGCUUUAUCAUCCUCAGGUGAGGCGGCAGUCUGCAGCAGCUUCCAGCCGCUCUUCGGUGCUUCCCGGCGGGCAGAGAGCAGCGCAGUGGACCGGAGCAUGUCGGCGGCUAACAGACGGAUGACGAUGGCCUGGGUUUGGCCCGCUUUGGUGCUUCUAGCCCGGCUCACCACGGCAGAGGAACCGCGUCGGGACGCACACGGGGCUUUGGCCGGCUCCGAGGCGCUGAUCUCGGACUCGGAGCCGCCGAUGGAGACCCGCAGCGGGGGAGGCUUCCUGCCGGUGCUGGUGUGGAAGUUUGUGAAAGAUGCUGCAGAUGCAUCAGAUUUGGGCCGACCGCAGUUUCUCUGCAGCGACACGUCACUCUCUGUUCGCUUGUCGCUCAUCCGACACUCUGACCUGCAUCUGCAAGAUGGGAGGAGGUUGGCGUGGCUGCAGCAGGGAUGUGAUGGUUCUGUUGGGACCGUGGGGCCGUGGCUGCUGCUGAAGCUGCCUUACACCAGCUGCCAUGUGACAUCACAGGUUUCAAAUGGAACGUGGUUCCACCAGUUGAAGCUGCGUUACUUCGACCACCUGCUGCGGGAGAACAUGACGGCUGUGGUCGCCUGUGAGGAUCCUGCAACGUGGACCCUGCCGGCGGUGAGCUGCAGGAGCACAGAAGUGGCUGUGAAACUGCCUCAGGGAAGCAGACUGCAGAAGGUGAAGGCUCUGGGGAAAGAUGUGGUUGGUAGGGUGCAGACCACCACUACUCCAGAGCCAGUGUUGGUGCAGAUCUCCACACCAGCAGACAAGGACUCCAUGUUUGAAAUGAUCUAUUUGGAUUCGGCUGGGGAGAUGUCCACGAUGCUGGCGGCUUGUUUCGGUGCAGCCAGAGGAGAUGGGCGGGAUCGUCGGCGCAGAGCUCUGCAACACCAGGACCAGUGGGACUGGGGGGUGAAUCCUCGUCAUUGGCACAAUGUGGAACCCCGACAGAUGGCGGUCAAUUCCUCAGAAUACCUGGAUGCAUCAAAUGAUGACCCUUCUGAUGAGGAUGAUGAAGAGUUGGAUGGAUAUCAGGAGGAUUCAGAUGAAGAGCAGUCAGAUGAUGAGGAGUCUGAUGACACCAACAACACAACAGCCAACAUGACUGAUGCCCGGAUAAACUCCACAAUAGCAGCUCCAACCACAACACUGACGGUGGAAGCUGAAGAAACACUGAACUCCUCGAUGCCUGUAAAACCCAGACUGGGGAGAGGGUUGGCUGACAUGGAGACGUCUGGUGACUCUGAGGAGGAUGACGACACUUUUUCACGUUUAGGACCCAGACUGGAGAGAGGGUUGGCUGACAUGGAGACGUCUGAUGAUGAUUCUGAUGGUGAUGGGGAUGAUGAAGAGUAUGACGGUGACGAGGGCGACUAUUCUGAUGACGAGGCUGAGUACGACGAUUCCACAACGGCCAACAUGACUGAUGCCCAGACAAACGCCACAAUAGCAGCUUCAAACACACUUGAAGAAAUGCUGAACACCUUGAUACCUGUAGAACCCAGACUAAGGAGAGGGAUGGAGGACAUGGAGGCAUCUGAUGACCCAGAGAACAUGGAGGAUGAUGGGGACAACUAUGAUGGCGAGGAUGAUGAAGACUACGACAGUAGUGAUGAGGAUGACUAUAACCUUGAUGAGGCUGACUAUGAUGAGCAUUCAACAGCCAACACGACUGAAGCCCAGACGAAUGCCACAGCUGCACAUGUCCACCCAGCAUCAAUGGCCCUGAACACCUCGAUGCCUUUUGUCCCCAGACUGGGGAGAGGGAUGGAGGAUAUGGAUUCAUCUGACCCAGAGUACAUGGAGGAUGAGUCUGAGGAUGACUAUGAUUCUGAAGAUGAUAUAUUUUUACCUUUUGAACCCAGACUGGGGAGAGGGAUGGAGGCAUCUGAUGACCCAGAGGACAUGGAAGAUAACAACUAUUCCAAGGAAGAUGACUAUGAUGAUUCCGAGGAUGACUAUUAUUCUGAAGAAGAUGAUGACUCUGAGGAGGACAGCGAUUCCACAACAGCCACAAUGACUGAAUCCCAGAAGAACGCCACAGCUGUAGAUGCCCACAUGGCACCAACAGCACUGAACACCUCGAUGCCUUUAGAAUCCAGACUAGGGAGAAGGAUCGAGGCAUCUAAUCUAGAAUACAUGGAUAGCAACUCUUCCGGGGAUGAUGACAAGCUAUCUGAUGGCAGCGGUGAGGAUUGAUGCUGACAGUUCCACAACCAGCACCUCCAGUACACAUUUGGACCAGUGGGCCCCCCCAGCUCCUAGACCCCCACCACAGAUCCAGCCACAACUGCAGAGGUCCUUGGUCCAACUCCUUGUAUCUCCUCAUUCUCUUUUAAAUAAAGUACAGCUUUCCAUCA